AUGGGAUUCAAAUUUCAUUAUAAUCAAGUUCUCUGCCUCCUCUUCUUGUUCUUGUAUGCUGAUUUUGAAGUCAAUCCAACAGUCAUAUGCAAUCCCAAAGAGAGUCUUGCCUUGCUCCAAUUUAACAACACCAAUGCAUUUAAUCUUACUGUGUCUACUUAUCCUAAAGAAGUUUGUACUCCUCAGACACUCUCUUGGGUGGAGGGUACAGAUUGCUGCUUUUGGAAAGGAGUAACAUGUGAUAAUGUAACAGGUAAUGUAAUUGGCUUGGACCUCAGUUCCAGUUGUUUGAGCGGUACCAUCCUCGACAACAACACUCUCUUCCAACUUUCCCACCUUCAAUGGCUCAAUCUUGAUUAUAAUUUUUUUGAAGUUUCCCCAAUGUCAUCUGUGUUUGGUUUGUUAAGAGAUUUGACGCAUCUUAACCUUUCUACUUCUGGAUUUUCUGGCCUAGUACCUUCUGAAAUAUCUCACCUAUCCAAAUUGGUUUCACUUGAUCUUAGUGAUAACCUUCAAUCCCGCUCGCUGAGAUUUGAGCCACAAAAUUUCGCGUUGCUGGUGCAAAAUCUUACAAAAUUAAGUGUUUUUUGUCUUACUGGUGUUGAUAUGUCUUUAGUAUCUCCUGUUUUGUUAUCGAAAUUAUCUUCUUCGAUUUCAACUCUCUCACUCGACGACACUACAAUGCAUGGGAAAACCCCAGCUAAUGUUUUUCGCCUACCAAACCUUCACAUACUCCGUUUAUCUUAUAACAGCGAUCUAACGGGGUUUUUUCCGCAGUCCAAUUGGAGCAGUCCACUUAGGUUGUUGGAUCUCUCUUACACAAGUUUCAAAGGAGAAAUACCACAUUCAAUUGGAAACUUAAAAUUCUUGGAAGGAAUAUUUCUUUCAAAUUGUUCUUUCACAGGGCCAAUUCCAGCAUCAUUUGGGAACCUCACUCAACUCACCGCUUUGUGCCUCGAUGAAAAUGCUUUAACCGAUCAAGUCCCAUCAUCAAUAUCAAAGCUAGAGCAGCUUACCCAUAUACAGCUUUCAUGGAACUCGUUGGCAGGUCAGAUUCCAAAUUUUGGUAACCUUAGUAAGCUGACAUUUUUAAGCCUUUCACGGAAUAAUUUUAGUGGUCCUCUCCCUUAUCAUGUGAGUCGUCUUCCGUAUUUAACUGACAUAGACUUGUCUCAUAACUUUCUCAGCGGUAAAGUACCACCGGAGUUGUUCAGUUUGCCAUCUUUGGAGAGUUUAGUACUCAGUGAUAAUACAUUCUCCGCUCCUAUUGACCAAUUCGAGCCGUCUAAUUCAUUGUCUGAUGUUGAUUUGAGUAAUAAUAAGAUAAGUGGCUUAAUUCCAAGUUCCAUGUUUAAACUUGAGAAACUCACUUCUCUUGAUCUUUCAUCAAAUAACUUCAGUGGCACUCUCCAAUUGGACAUAUUACUACAACCGACAUACCUUCAGCAGAUUUCUCUUUCAUAUAAUAGCCUAUUAUCAUUAAGUUCCAACAACCGUGUCAAAAAUACCUCAUCCAUUCUUAAAUCAUUCGAAAUGUCUUCUUGCAACAUAAGUGAAUUCCCGAGUAACUUGAGAACCUUAGAGAAUUUGUUGUAUUUAGAUCUUUCCAACAAUAACAUUCGCGGUAGGAUUUUGAAAUCUGAGUCGAGAGGAUUUAAGAAUUUGUUUUCUCUGAAUCUUGCCAACAAUUUCCUGACAUAUAUAGAGGACCACCCUUGGAGAGAUAUUCAAAUUCUUGAUCUUUCAAACAACAUGCUCCAAGGAUCACUUUUGGCUCCACCACCUGGAACACAUAUUUUCCUAGUUUCUAAUAAUAACUUGACUGGGUUGAUUCCUCCAUCUAUUUGCAAUUUGAGUUCCCUUGUGUAUCUUUCCUUGUCUAAUAACAGUUUGAAUGGAAGAAUUCCACAAUGUUUGUGGAGCAUUGUGCUUGUUUUGAUGCACCUGCAGCAGAAUAAUCUUCAUGGUAGCAUUCCCGAUACAUUUGCAAAGGGAAGUUCGUUGGUGAGUCUUGAUCUACAUGGUAAUGAGUUGGAAGGGCGUUUGCCUAGAUCCUUGGUAAAUUGCAGCCCACUGGAGGUUAUGAAUGUAGGAAAUAACAAGAUAAGUGAUAUAUUUCCUUAUUGGUUUGGAACUCUUUGGAAUCUGAAAGUUAUUGUCUUGAGGUCUAAUAGAUUUUAUAUGGUCCCAUACAGGAUUCCAAAACUUAAUUUGAUCUCUCCAACUUGCAGAUUCUAG